AUGGCCACUACCGCGAAAGCAAUUGUGGUUGCUCCCGAUGCGGAGACCAUCAUCAUUGCUGAUGCUCCAAUACUCCAACUUCGCGAUGAGUAUAUGAUUGUCAAAGUUCAUUCCGUGGCACUUAAUCCUGCAGACUGGAAGCGCGUCGUAUGGGAUAACCUUGACCCGGGAACUAAGAUAGGAUGCGAUUAUUCGGGAGUUGUCGAGAAGGUCGGGGCCAACGUUUCCAACUUCAAGCAAGGUGACAGGAUCGCCGGCUUUGUUCAUGGCGGGGAUCAAACUAAUCACAACAAUGGCGCAUUUGGUGAUUACAUAGAAGUCAAGGCAGCUUUGCAAAUCAAGAUUCCAGAUAGCCUGAGCUUCGAGCAGGCUGCAACUCUGGGAGUCGGAAUCGUUACUUGCGGCCAAGGUCUUUACCAGUCGCUCAAACUUCCCCUCCCCGGAUCACCCGCCAAGGAAUCAUUCCCGAUUCUCAUAUAUGGUGGCAGUACGGCGACCGGAGUACUUGGGAUCCAGUAUGCCAAAGCUUCUGGCCUCACCGUCAUCACGACCGCCUCUCCAUCCAAUUUUGAGUAUCUCAAAUCUCUGGGCGCAGACGCCGUCUUCGACUAUCGGUCACCGACCUGCGGCGCUGAUAUCAGGGCCUUCACAAAGAACAAGCUGAAAUACGCCUGGGACCUCUCCAACGGUGAACUCAUCUGCACCACUGCCCUCAGCGAUGCCGAGCCCAGUGUGUACGGAGUCACAAACAUGCCGCAAACGGAGAUAUCAACGCUCAACCCCGAAGUGACCGGGCCCUUGAUGACUACCGCCUAUGACGCUACGGGCGAAGACUCUAUGCUCAUGGGGCAGAAGGUGCCCGGCAAGCAGGACGGGCUGGAGUUUGCAUCCAUGUUUUUUGAGUUGUCUGCCAAGUUGAUCGAGGAUGGCAAGCUUGUCCCGAUCAAACCCACUGUUAACAGUACUGGAAGUGGGCUUGAGGGUGUUAUCAAGGGUUUUGAGGUGCUCAAGGCUGGGAAGAUCAGUGCGACCAAGCUGGUUUAUACACUCUAA